AUGGUGGCAAACUUAUCUCUUCUCUAUCCGGAGGAGGCUCGUGUCGUUGAAUCUGACGUGGCUAAAAAAUUAAGAAAUAAUGAUAGUGGAAAAAAAUUGAAAGAGAAGAGGAAAAGAAGUCUCGAGGAAUUUGAAGAGGCAGCAGUAAUGUUUGGUGUUGGUGGCGGUGGUGGUAGUGUUUAUUGGGGAAGGAAAGAAAGUGAAUCCAAAGGAAUUGUGGUGAUAUUCGCAUGGAUUUCGAUUCACGAGAAACAUUUGAAGAGUUACUUGGAUUUGUAUUCUUCUCUUGGUUGGAAUUCCCUCGUUUCUCAUGCCGAUUUCCUCUCCGCAUUUUAUCCUGAAAGGGCUUUGUCGCUGGCAUAUGUUCUCCUCCAUGAGCUUGUUGAGGAUCUAAGGGUUAGGCCAUGUCCAGUUGUAUUUGUUGCCUUCUCUGGUGGUCCAAAAGCUUGCAUGUACAAGGUUUUUCAGAUUAUUCAAGGAACAUGUGAAGGUCAUCUUAAUCUGGAUGAAAGUCGAUUGGUUAAGAAUUGCAUUUCUGGGCAUAUCUAUGACUCGAGCCCAAUAGAUUUUACAAGUGAUUUGGGUGCCCAAUUUGCUCUACACCCUGCAAUUCAAAGAAUGCCUGGUCCAUCAAAAUUUGUGUCCUUGGUUGCAAAAGGUAUUGCUUCUGGACUGGAUGGUUUAUACCUAACAAGGUUUGAAUCCCAACGUGCUGAGUAUUGGCAGACUCUGUACUCUUCAAUUGACAUGGGUGCUCCAUAUCUAAUUUUAUGCUCAGAGAAUGAUGACCUUGCACCUUAUAUUGUUAUCUCCAAAUUUGCUCAACAUAUACAAGAUCUAGGGGGAGAUGUCAAGCUUGUAAAGUGGAACCAUUCACCUCAUAUAGGUCAUUACAAGCACAAUCCAAUCCAGUACAGGGCUGCAGUGACCAAUUUGCUUGACAAGGCACCUUCAAUCUAUUAUCGAAGAAUUCAACAACUCAGAGAGAGAAUUGGCUUGGACAGUAUGCAUGAUGGGAUUUCUGAAUUAAUAUGUGACCUCCAGAAAGCUGCCGUUAGCUCAAACCAAAGCUUAAGAAGAGUUGCUGUUGAGCCAGGUGACCACUUCUUUGUGCCCAGUGCAGCUGAAUAUUACAAUAGUAGAGAGUCAGAAACCCUCCAGGAUGAAAGGAAAGAAAGAUCAGUUUGUCUGCCCAACCCUCCCAGUAUUAGUGCUCACAGUGUACUUGGCCAAGUCCUCUUUGAUGCAUGUGUUCCGAAGAAUGUUGAAGGUUGGGAUAUUAGAUUUUCUGGUUCUCUAAAUGGGCAGCCAAUUGCUUCUGCUCAGAGGAGACGCUCACCUUUUCAUGAUUAUGAUGCUGUCCUGGUUGGACUUGGUGCAACCCUGCUACUGGCUUUACACGCAUCCUUCAAAAGUUUGUGGGAGAUUUUGACAAGCAAUCCUAACGCUGUAGAAGUAACUCCACAACCAAGCAAUGAAGUUGAGGUCUUCUGUGGGACAACUGGGGCAUUGCACUCACUUGUUAACAAGGAGAUUGGGACCCUUUUGGAGAAACAAUCUGGAAUUCCAUUGCUAUCGCAAGAGAAUAAAUUAUUCAGGGACCAAUUAAUGGUUGGUAACUGGGAUUUAAGUGUGGAAACGUUGAAUGCGAUCAGGCAUUUGGACCGAUCAACCCUGACUUAG